UGCGACGCCGAGAGACUCGGAGCAUUGACGCGAUAAAACCAUCCCGGGGCGUCGAGCGUGUACUCCCUCUUUUGCCUAAAACGAAAAGCACCGUACUGAAACUGCUGUGGGAGGAAGUUGUUCUCGAAAUUAUCCUUUGGGAAUGGCGUUGGUCAGAUGCUGCUUCGAAUCUGAAGCACCGGAUGUCUUUGAAUCUGUCGUACGAAAGUGCACUGAUCCAGGCUGCUGCUGCUGGUGCUGUUCUGCAUUGCGACCAAGGUAUAAAAGACUUGUGGACAAUAUAUUUCCAGUCAAUCCUCAGGAUGGCUUGGUCAAAAACAAUAUGGAAAAGCUGACAUUUUAUUCUCUCAGUAGUCCAGAAAAGUUGGAUAGAAUAGGGGAAUAUUUGUUUCAGCGAGCUUCCAGAGAUAUUUAUAGAAGGCGAAAUGGAUUUGUCAUCAUCGCAAUGGAGGCAAUGGAUCAGCUAUUACUGGCGUGCCAUGCCCAAACUCUUAAUUUAUUUGUUGAGAGUUUUUUAAAGAUGGUUCAAAAAUUAUUAGAAUCUACUGAACCAGAGUUACAAAUUUUGGCAACACAGUCUUUUGUUAGUUUUGCCAACAUCGAAGAGGAUACGCCGUCUUAUCACACACGUUACGAUUUCUUUGUAUCAAAGUUCUCUGCAAUGUGCCACUCCAACCACGACGACAUGGGAAUCCGCAAGCAGAUUCGACUCGCAGGGAUACAGGGAUUGCAGGGUGUCGUAAGAAAGACUCUUUCUGAUGAUUUGGUAGAAAAUAUUUGGGAGCCUGUACAUAUGGAUAAAAUUGUUCCUUCGCUGUUGUACAAUAUGCAAAAUUUAAGAUAUUCUGAUAAAGAGGAUGCGACUCCAGAGAGUCCUGUCGAAGAAAGAUCUGAUCCACCACAGUUCGCAGAAACUUGUAUGCGCGAACUCGUUGGACGGGCCUCAUUUGGACACAUUCGUUGUGUUAUACGCCCAGUAUUAAGGCAUUUAGAUAAUCAUCAACUAUGGGUUCCCAAUUAUUUUGCGAUACACACGUUUAGAAUAAUCAUGUUCUCCAUUCAGUCACAAUAUUCUUAUACCGUGGUCGAAGCUUUAAUGACUCAUCUUGACGAAAAUUCGAAAUCCACAGCGAAAAUUCGAACGAGCAUAGCCGACACUUUGUCAAAAAUCAUAUCUAUUGCAGCUGGUGAAAGCGUCGGUCCAUCCGUGUUAGAAAUUAUCAACUCCUUACUAUCUCACCUACGAGUAAGCGUUACCAGAAAUCAGUCAUCCAGUAGUGAUGAGCAACAGUACCAAGAAGCAUUGAUUAAUGCCUUGGGUGAAUUUGCAAAUCAUUUACCUGAUUAUCAGAAGAUCGAGAUUAUGAUGUUUAUCAUGAGUAAAGUACCCUACAGUCAGCCAGAUCGCGUUGUGUCUGUUGGAAAAGGAGACGUAUUGUUGCAGAGCAUUCUCUUAAAGUCUCUUUUAAAAGUCGGUACAAAAUAUCAGACAAUUCAUUUGAAUACUACAUUCCCACCAAGUUUCCUAGAGCCGCUGCUAAGAAUGUCUUUGGCACCGGACGCUGAGAUGCGACUUCUGGUUCAAAAAAUUUUGCACACAUUAAUCGACAGACAUCACAAUAUAACUAAAUUUGCGAAACCGACCUUGAAUGUCGCAGAACUUGAUCUGGUUAUUGAAAAGUCCUCCAGACCGGAUGUAAUAUUUAUACGUAAACACGGUCCUGAUAUUUACCUAGCUCUUUAUGAAUCUCUUGAGCUUACAAGCAACACAGUGGAGAAUGUUGAAGCCAUUUAUACGACCUUGGCUCUACUCGCCGUAGAAUUGGCGUCCGAGGAAACUGUUCUGGAGUUGUUGAGAUUAGUCUUGAGUCUCCAAGAUUUGGCAUUGACAAGCAGCCAAAUCAGUAUCUCUUUGAAAUUCAAUUUACACGCUAUUGUAGUGUGUCUGUUAGUUUUGAUUUCUUAUGUUUGCAAUAUAACAUCCCUUAUGGAUUACGCUAAUAAGGUUGUCGAAGCUCGACGUAAGGAGGGAUUACAUUUACUUCCUGAUCUGAAAUCGCGUUACGAUAGUGAUUUGACAUCUCGGUUGUUACCAUCUUUAAUGGUAGAUCAAACUGUUGUAACUGAGUGCCUUAAAGCUGCUGGCCUUGAUACAGGAAAGUUUCAACAGGGAUCUGGAUAUAGCAGUAACUCUUUACAACAUAGGCAUUCCUGGGUUGAUAGCGCUGGACGCAACUCCAUGGCUGAUAUCAACACAGUACCUACAGAAGUGGACAGUGCUGGUUCUUCUCCGGGGGUACAAAAGAAAUUACCUGGCGAGGAAUUAACGUUUGAGAGUAUGAAAAGGAUUUUGACAGAAACCAGUGACAUGAGGCGUGAGGUGCAAGAAGAGAAACGAGUGGAGCUUUUACAGUUCUUUAAAAAUGCACCCUUCCCUGAUCUAGUCAGUAAAACCCAACCAAAGCAUGACUUAUUACAGAGCAAAUUGUCGGAAAUAUUUACAACGCUGUCAGUAGAGCCACGAAAUCCAAUACAACCAGGAGUGCCACCGGCCGAUGCCAAACCAAGCCAAACACCAGCCUAUGAAAUUCAUUUUCCAGAACUCUUCGUGUAUUAAGGACAAACACCAGUCAUACUUUUUGUUCAUUUUAUUUAUUCAAGACGUAAGUUUUACUCUCGUAAAUUACAUACGGGAUAAGUUAAUUGCCUAAUAUUACUAUAUCUUUAUUUUCAUUUUUUAUACGAUUAUUUCAAUGGAAUUGAAAUUUACGCACGCGUAUUUGUAUAUACUAACUGCUCAUGUGGUUCAGUGCGAAUUGUUAAUUACACCUCUCUUAUACGUCAUUUCGAAACUUCGCUGGUUUUCAAAAUCAAAGACACCAAAAAUGAGGUUGUUUAGGAUAAGAGAGAUAUUAUAUAAAAAAUAUCGUUAUUUGUCCGUAUUAGACACAAAAUUUAUUAGGAUCUAAGACGAAUAAGCUUGAUUGAUUCAGCUUGUUUCAAUAAUAUUUAGUCCAGUUAUUCUUAUUAAUCCGCAUGAUUGCGACGGUUAAAGUUCGCGAAUGAAUUUUAAGAACAAGGAAUUUCGUAAUAUUGACAAAGUUCUUUGUUUUUGAGCAUUUAAGAAUAUGAGCAAUGCGCACUGCUUUAGAGAUAUUAAUUUGACGAAUCUAAUGGCAACAAUAAUUCGAUAGUGUUAUUAAUUAAUCAUAAUUACAUAAUUGCGUAAUGCUUCCUUUUGCUAAUAACAUCGUACUUUUAAGUACAAAAAGCGUUUUUGAUUUCUAGAUAAUUCGCAGUAGAAUGUAUUGCUCGUUUUGGAUAUUGACUUUAGAAAUAGUUGAAAAUUCGCCUGUUUUCUAAAUCAGUAUCUUAUAUUGUUCAGUCUUUAUAUUCUGCCAUACACAAAAUACAGCUGCCAGCUAUAGGAUGAUAUAGUAAAUAUAUCUGGCGUUUGGCUCCCUAGGGGAGUAUAAUACCAAAAGGAACUAGAAGAAGAAUAUAGUAAAUAGAUUCUAAGUAUUUCCCAUGGAGACAAUAUAGUUUCAUGUAUAUGUAGUGGAAAUGAAAAUUGAUGCAAGAUCGCCUCUUUAUGAAGUAAUUGUUAGUGUUUUUGUAUGUUAUAUAUUUAUUUGUCAUCUGUUCGUUACUGUCAUUACUUUUUGAUUGAUGUUUCAUCAGCUAUGUCUCACAGUGAACGUUCUUUAUUGUAGAAAACGAUGUAGUUAAACAUAUGGUAUUUAAUCAUUGUAGAAAAUGCAUUAUACAACGAAUAUUCUUCAUUCCCAUAUUACAAUUUAACUUGUAUAAUUUACCUAAGAGAUCAAAGGUUACAGUUAGUAUAAUGGGCGUAUAAUGUUUACUUUACCUUUGUACCAACGGUAAAAAUAGAAUAGAAUAAUGUAAAUAGAAACAAAAAUGAAAUACAACAAAUUAAAAUGUC